UUUAUUACAACAAAGUGGGGGAAUAUAUUUCCGGCAGUCCUAUAGAUUUUGAUUUCAUUACAACAAGUGGUCUCUUUACAAUACUGCUUAAUGUUUUAUUACAAAACAUUCGUUUUUUUUUUGUUUUGACUACAAAACAUUAGUUUUUUUCUUUUUCUUAAAGCGACGUGGAACAAUGCAGCCACCGAUAGCCUAGACUUGUUUCAAUAAUACUAAUAAGUGCGACUGCGUUUACCGUAACGACCGCAAACGCAGCUCACCAGAUCCUUUUUUGUCUCUCUUUCUCUAUAAAAUCGCGUCCUGAUAAUAUAGCUGUGAGUUGAGAAAAAACUUGACAAAGGAAGAAGAAGAAGAAGAAGAAGAAGAAGAAAAAAAAAUGGUGUUGACGAUCUAUGCUCCUUUAUUCGCUUCAUCAAAACGAGCUGUGGUGACAUUAGUGGAGAAGGGUGUACCAUUCGAAACCGUCCAUGUCGAUCUCAUGAAAGGAGAACAUAGAAAGCCUGAGUAUAUCGCCAUCCAGCCUUUUGGUAAAAUCCCUGUGCUCACCGAUGGAGACUACAAAAUCUUCGAGUCGCGUGCCAUCAUGAGGUAUGUAGCAGAGAAGUACAGAUCACAAGGACCUGAUCUUUUAGGGAAGACAAUUGAAGAGAGAGGACAAGUAGAGCAAUGGCUUGACGUUGAGGCAACUAGCUACCACCCACCACUAUUGGCUCUAACGCUCAACAUUGUCUUUGCACCGCUCAUGGGCUUUCCUGCUGAUGAGAAAGUUAUUAAGGAGAGCGAAGAAAAGCUUGGAGAAGUGCUUGAUGUCUACGAAGCUCAGCUUUCCAAGAACGAGUACUUGGCUGGUGAUUUCGUGAGUCUAGCUGAUUUAGCUCACCUUCCUUUCACCGAGUACCUUGUUAAUGAGAUCGGCAAGGCUCAUUUGAUCAAAGAUAGGAAGCAUGUGAGUGCGUGGUGGGAUAAAAUUAGUAGCCGUCCUGCGUGGAAGGAGGUUUGUGAGAAGUAUGCGUUACCUGUUUCUGCGUUACCUGUUUAAUCAAGGAAGGGGGUAUGUUUCGUUUGUUGUGAUGUUUGUGAGAGCUCUGUGUGUCCUGCGAGGGAGUCCGUUUUGGGUCUAUUGUCUCUUUUUGUUUCAAUAAUAAACGGAACUCUGCCUCAUUUGUUUGCUAUAUCUGGUUUUCGUAUAUUUUGUAAUCUCUCAAGCAAAGUUUUUAAUAAGACUUUUAAACCGAACC